AUGCCGCGCGUGAAUUACAAUAAACGUAACAAGAAAUACGUUUAUCAUAAGGGUGAUUAUGAUGAUCCUGAUCAUCCAGCCCAUUCCAGCAAUUAUCCCCACUUUCGCAAUGAUUGGAACUCUGGUAGGCGUGCUCAACGCAAUUCACAACGACCUAGCGCAAACUCAGAAAUGAUUCGUCGCGUCAUGUUUGUUGAUGGUCCUGGUCCUUCACAUACGCAAACAGUCGUGUCGCAAACUGGUGAAACGUGGAUGCGUGCAAGUGUUGCCAAUGCGGCUUCGCUUCCUAUGGAAUUCUUUAAAGAAAGCAUCAGUACAGCCGUUGGAUCUCCGAUAAGAAUUUACAACUAUAUGACGAAGGGUGAAAGCUGUAUUUUCUACUUUAAGCUGCGCUCUAAGAAGCUCCACGAGUCUCUCCGAGCGAUUAAGGCCAUCGUUAACCCUAGUACCAACACCCCUAUUGUCUGCGAAGUGAAGGCCUGUCUUGAGCCUGAUGUUCCUUCUAGUACAAUUGCAAAUUCCGAUUCAGGAAUAUCAGCUUCAAUACUCCCAGAGUCUUGGAUGAAUGCUUUGAGAGAAUGUUUCAAAGAACGCUUCCAAACAACUUCAAAUGUUCUGGAUCUUUCCUCUCUCCAUACUGACCUAACUCUUCUUAAUCGUGGCUACUUCAUUCCUCUUAACAAGAAUAUUGUGUUCUCAUCGUUUUUAACAAUUUUGCAAGAAAAUAAUGCAAGGCUCUCCGCGCUUAAUCUCUCCGGUAACAGACUGAGAAACGUUCAGCCAAUUGAUGAUAUGAAAAAGCUUCUGGGCCCACCUACGUACUCCUUCGAGCGUAUUGAUUUAAGCAAUAAUAUCAUUACCUUACCACGCUGUCUUGAAGCCCUCGGUAGCAUCCCAAGUAUUGUCGAUCUUGAUAUAUCAGAAAACCCUUUGGCGGGUCGCCUAUCGCACCCUAAAAGUGGCAGGGUGUUUGAAUCGCACAUAGUGAAAAUUCUGCCGGGACUGAAGAUACUUAAUGGCAAACCCGUCAAAACUACGGUUCAGUUCGCAAUCGAGCAAAUAUCAAAUGCUCCAGAGAUCAACAGGGCUCCCCGUGUUCCUCUUCCUCCAUCCAUUCAAGGCCACUUUGGGAGUGAAGAAAUCAGGAAACCUCUUUUGACAUUCCUCAUGGAGUAUUUCAGCCAUUACGAUGUUCAACAACGUGGAGAAGGAAUGUAUAACUAUUACACUUCUGCUUCUACUUUAACCAUGACCCUUAAUCCAAGUUCUCAAUUUACUGGCAAAAGUGUCCUGGAAACCAUUGAAACUGUUGACACGAAUGGCGAAAAGCGGAAGGUUCAACUAAUGACUAAUAAUCUCUCCGAUUCGUACUUCAAAAACAAUCGAAAUCUUAUCCGGUGUAAAGAUGAAACGAAGAGAAUGGAAUUAGUCUCCCAAGGUCCUUUAAACAUUGCGUCAGUGCUAGGAAAACUCCCUCCAACUGAGCACGUUUUGGAGUCAUUCUGCGUUGAUGUUAUUGAUCAAUCCAAUAAUCAGAUCAUUCUCAAUUUGACAGGCGUCUUCUAUGAAAUUGUACAGGCAAACGGAGCUAACGUUCCUCUGCGAAAAGUUUUGAGGUGUUUUAAUCGGUUAAUGAUUAUAGUGGCUCCGGGAACAAAGAUUCUACAAGAUAAUCUUAUCAUAUCUAAUCCUUCAGAGCCGCUGAUACAGCGCUACAUUAGAGAUGUUAAACGGGCAUCUAAAGGUCAGCUUGCUGCCGGAACAAGUAUUUCAUCGCCCCUGCAACCCAUUACGGUUAAUUCUCAACCUUCAAAUGACCAGCAAACAAUGGUUAUUGAGUUUCAUCGUCAAACAGGAAUGAAUAUGACCUAUUCGCGACAAUGCCUUCAAGAAUUCGGAUGGCAAUUUGAGGCGGCUCUCAAUGGCUUUCGUACCAUGAAUGCUUCGGGCAGCAUUCCGCAGAUUGCAUUUGCUCCAGAAUAG